AUGUCAGAAACUAUAAGAGAACCAAAUACACCAAAGAAUUUUGCUGAUAUAGUUGAUGAUGCAGAUAUUUGGGCUGUUUAUCCUGGUAUAUCAACUAUCCUUACUGCAAUAGACUCUACGGAGCAUGGGCGUAUUCGAACAACAAUCUUGGAAGAGUACUAUCAUUUGUGUAGUUACAGUCUUGCUACAAGAAGACGAAAAGAACACCAAGAGUAUCAUUUAGACGAAUUUAAGUAUAUUAGUGAAUUACCUACUUUAAAAACUGCAAACUUGACCUCACUCUUACUAGCUGUCUCUACACGUCUACAAAACUACCAAAGAGUUCACAAGAUAAUUGGCAUGUUGCUACCGUACAUGGUGUAUAUUUUAACAAAACUGCGCAUGACAUAG